AUGAAGAUCUCUGUCGGAUUGUUCGCCUCUGCGUUGUUUGUUGUGCAAGUAGCUUGCGCACCUGCAGAAGGCAAUAAUGCUACGAAUGUAGAUAAUUCGGACAAAAUCCCCGUCCCAUGCCCCGAUGAACGUCGAUCGGUCCACUUGCUGCGCGGGUACAGUCCUUCUGCUAGCGAUAACUUCUACACCACCGACGCCAGCGAGAUGGCCAACGCCAUCAACAAUUUCGGCUACAUAGACCAAGGCUAUGCUGCACGAAUCUACCCUAACCAAGAGCGAUAUACAUCCCCCAUCUACCGUCUCUGGAACUCUCAUAUCGGAGACCACUUCUACACCACCAACAGGGACGAAGUGGACGAUUAUAUUCGGCGCCACUAUACCUAUGAGAAUACGCCGGGUUUCAUUUUCUCAACUCAAAUCUGCAAAAGCGUCCCUAUGUAUCGCCUGCACAAUGUUCAGCAAACCGAUCACUUCUAUACGACUUCGGCGAAGGACCGCUUUUAUUACGUUCAGAAUUUGGGAUAUCAGUACGAGGGAAUAAUUGGAUAUGUCUUGCCUGUAUAA